UUUAUUGAUUUUAUAAAGAUGGAACACAUUUAUUUCCAUAUUUUGUGGCAUAAUGGUAUAUUUUUUAAUUUUACACAUGUUAUUGAUUUUUCAGAUGUUAAAAAUUAUCUGUGGUUUGAAUUAUUUAUUAAUCCGUGACAAAUAUAAUCUGUUUAUUGUCAUUACGGGAAAAUAAAAUUUAUCGCAUGUAUCGCCUGACAUCUGGACCGGUUUAAAUUGGUAGAUUUUUAUUUAUUUUACACAUUUUCAUAUAUAUCUACGGCGGUGGCAGUCUUUGUUAUAAUUUUAUCUUUAUUGAUUUGCACGUAAAAAGGGUGUAUUGGUUAUAAUUGGAUAAAUUGCGGUGUGGGGAGCCUACUUUUGGUGAUACGAAGUGAUUUUUGCCGAUAAGCCGCUGUCCAUGAGGUUCAAAAUGUUGAAGCUAACUAGACUAUCCGGAACCACGUCGUUCCUCAAACGCACAAUGUCUACACAAGAAUCCGACGUCCUCUUCGAGACCCUUAAUAACGCUGGAGUAGUGACCCUCAACAGGCCGAAAGCCCUGAACUCGUUAAACACAUCAAUGGUCAGCAAAAUGCUCCCACAACUACAAGAGUGGGAGAGGACGAAGACUCUAGUGAUAGUCAAGGGAGCCGGAGAAAAAGCCUUCUGCGCGGGGGGUGACGUAAAACUAGCCAUAGAUAAAGUAGAGGGUCCUAGAUUCUUCUUCACUGAAUACAAUGUCAAUCAUCUCAUCGGAAAUUAUAAGAUACCGUAUGUGGCGUUGAUCAAUGGCAUCACCAUGGGCGGAGGUUUGGGGAUAUCCGUCCACGGCAGGUACAGAGUGGCCACAGAGAAGACGAUGAUAGCCAUGCCGGAGACGAAGAUCGGCCUGUUCCCUGACGUGGGCGGGUCGUACUUCCUGCCGCGGCUGCAGGUCAACUUGGGACUGUAUCUGGGAUUGACUGGUGACAGAUUGAAAGGCAAGGACGUGGUAAAAGCCGGCAUAGCGACCCAUUUCGUGCCGAGCAAGCGUCUCUACGAAUUAGAAAUGCUGCUGUCUCGCUGCACCAGCGACAUGGAAGUCAACUCUCUCCUCGCCAAGUUCAACGAGCCGCCGGAGGAGUUCUCCCUCGCGCCGCACAUCAAACACAUCAACUACUGCUUCGCCGCGUCCACAGUCGAGGAGAUCAUCGAGAGGCUCGAGAAGGUCGGCAACGACUGGUCCGUCAAGACUUUGGAGACGCUACACCAGAUGUGCCCGGGGUCGCUGAAGAUCACGCUGCGAGCGUUACAGCGCGGCUCGCAGCUGGAGCUGGGCCAGUGCCUCAGGAUGGAGUACCGGCUCGCGUGCCGCGCCACCGAGAACCACGACUUCCCUGAAGGUGUCCGAGCCCUCCUGAUCGACAAAGACAACAGUCCCAAAUGGAAUCCCAAGACCCUGGCAGAGGUCACGGACGACUAUGUGGAGAGCUACUUCAAGAAGCUCCCCGAGGACCGGGAACUGAAAUUCGUAGAGUCCAAACUGUAGAGGUCAAUUACCAGGGUAGAAGUACUUGUGUUCCCUUAUUAGUAAGUGCUAUGUCGGUAAUGUUUGGGGAGGUUUUGUGUCCAAUAUGUAUGUGGGCUACAAGAGAUAGGAAAUCGAUUUUAUUAUUAUAUUAGUAUAUCCAGGUAAAAAAAAAUGGUGCAUUUUAACUAAGGAUUAACGGUGAUUUUGUAAUUUCUUAGGUUAUUUAUGUGUCACUCGUUCUCAAGAAUGUGAUCUUACUUUAUGGACACAAUGAUACCAGGUGCCUUAUUCUCUAUCCCGCACGUUAUUUUGACAGUGCGUAACAAGCACGUAACACAACGCGUCAUGUUUAGGACUAUAGAAAUUUGGCUUACAGAAUAUCAUUCCACGCACAUUUCUCGAAGAUAACAUGACACGGCCGCGUUACGCGUUUACACUAUCAUACAGAAUAAGGGCCCAGUGUCGAAGGGUCCAUAUAACGUAAUGUCGGCUUUCUUUUAUGUAGAAUCUAAUUAUUAGAACGAUUUGCACACCGCAUCCAUGCAUAUUACCUAAAUGUUGUAUCGGGUUUCCUUUUGGAACAUUUCACCUUUCGCCACUGUUAUGAUACAUACAUUUACUUAUUGAUUGUUAUUAUAGCAACCGGGCUUCUGUGUAGAAUCCAAUGGUUAUAAGUGGAGUGCAAGAGACAGGAACCAUGCGCUCAUUACAAUGAGGUCCCCAAAUAUUACUGACUAAUAGUAUUGUAAUAUUAAUUAGUUUAAGUGAAUUUAGGCUGCUGUUUGCGUGAACUGACUAAUACGUCCUUGUUCAAUUGUUGACGGUGAAGUGAUAACAUUAUCAUAUUUUAGUAAUAGAAUUUGUUAGGCAAAGUUAGUACUGGUGAUUGCUAUUGCCUUAUCUGGGGAUGGUAGAACAUUUGUAUGGGUAUAAAUGUUCAUUACUGGCAAUGGCAUACAUCACGCCUCUUAACUUUUUCAAGGGUAGGCAGAGGUGUAAGCACUCCCCAAUUAAGUCAGCUAUGUUACACCUGGUGUUAUAUGGACGAUGAAAAAUUAAGGAGUAAGUGCCAUAUUCCUAAGCUUGUGUCCAGCUCAUGCGGACUUGAUAUGGACAAAACCCUUUACCGGCAGCACUGACGGCAUUAUAAAAUAGUGUCAUACUAAGUCAAAUAAUACUUGUCCGUUUUCACUUACAUUUGCUUGAUUAUUCGAAACAUAUUUGAAAUUAUUUUUAAAUUUAGCAUAUUUGGUCGUCUUUUGUAUUAUCUCUACAUCACUUUGGGUAGAUUUGUAGACGCCUCCGAAAAAAACUUUACCAUGCAACGUCAAACAGAAAACGCUUUUUGGGGAAAUGUCCAUAUAGCUAGUUUGUUUUGAUUAAAUAAAAGACUUGCAGGCUUCCGCAAACAAUAUCGCGCGUAAACAGAACUGCAAGUUUCAAGCUUGCAGAACUUGCGGCAAGUUACAUAUGCAACUGAUAUAUUACCACUAGUGUUCGCAUCUGAGAGUUGCUCAAUAUAUUGUUGCAAGAACUUGCUAGUCUAAACUCAACAUUACAAACUGCAAAUGUUAGUGAAACUGGACAUAAGGGCAUUAUAUUACGUAUUUAUAUUUUCAUUUAAAUAAGUUUCUUAUGUAUAUGUUAGGAAUGGUAUAUUGGUGCUUAAUACGUUUACAAAUUUACUUAAAAAUGUUACUAUUACAGUGCCUGUUAAAACGUUUAAGUCUUUACGAUCGUAAGCUAACAAUGAUGCUAUUUUCAUUCUAAGCAUCGCUAAAUACAUAUUUUUCGUAAGCUGCAAAUAUAGUACUUUUUAAGACAAACAAAAAUCUUAUAAAACUAUAUUGUACUUAUCAAUAUUAUAUUACAUUAUCCUUAUUACAAAUAAAAAGUGUAAAAAAAGAUUAGUCCAUUCCGUAUUUAAAAAUGUUUAUUUGUAACGCCAUUUUAAAAUUAUUAAAUUUGAAAUUGGUACUUACGUACAAUGUUAUAGGAUUAUAAUUAGCAAAACGAAUUUAACUAUAGGCGCGUUCGUAUAACUAACUGUCCGUUCCAAUGAACGCUUUCUUCGAUCAAUCGUAAAAAUUGACCAAUCAUGAUACAGUUUUUAAUCAUUACAAAUGACUUAUUUGGAUUCGUUUAUUAUGGGGAUCAGAUCGAAGAUUAAAAUUGGGAUCGUUUAUUGAAAUUGGUCCUUAAUGAUCAUAUAUGUCUCGCCUGAUGGUAAAAUCCACGUUCGAUCAGAAACAGUGACACUAGAGGCUUCUAUUAAAGAAGUUACUAGUCGCUUGAUAUAGUUCAAGUCCUUGAUAGUGUCAUUUGAAUUGCUAAGAGUUAUUAAUACGUGCCUUAUUCUAUUAUGUUAGGAUUAGUUAGCGAACCGAUAUAUUGUAGCGCGAUAUUUUUUAAUAUAAUCUCCAGUCUCAAGUAGAACAGUGUAAAUUUCCGCCAUCUUGUUUUGUAGCAAAAGCUUUUUGCUACAAUUAUUGUUGAAUAGAUAGCUCACCUGAUCAAUGUAUAUUCAAAACGAUGCGCGGGUUUUCAAUCGCAGUUAUGCUUAUAAUUACUGAGCCAUUUUUAAUAAAAUUAUUUUCAUGGAAAAAAUAGUUAUAACUCUAAAUAUUGCGAUUUGAAAAUGAAAGCGGCUCUUAACGCCAUGACAGACCGCUAUUAAUAUUUAUUUUUAAGAUUACUUUUUUAUAGUUUUUUUUACCAUCAUGUCGGAAAUAUAAUCAAUGGAAGUUUUUAAAGAGGAGACAAUAAGUAUGCAUUUAUUUUAAAUUUUACACAUGUAUAGAGUGGUAUAUUUUGUAUCUAUAUAAACGUGUAUUGUUGAGACGUCAAGUUAAUAAAAUAUACUUGAGUUAA